AUGCAUCUCUCAGUGUUUAUUGCAAAAUGUAUGAUAUGGACGGUAUUUUCAGGGGUUGUGUAUGCUGCACCGCCUACUCCGCGACGCAAUGACAAUCAGACCACUUCUAUUUGCCGCAGAACUAAAGUAGCCAUCCUAGGCGCUGGUGUUGCCGGCAUAAGUGCAGCUCAGGCUCUUUCCAACGCCUCUAUCACGGACUUUCUGAUCAUCGACCGCAAUGAUUAUAUUGGCGGAAGAUUAGCACAUACUACCUUUGGCUCUAAGCCGGACGGAACACCCUAUACUGUCGAGCUCGGAGCGAACUGGAUCCAAGGACUGGGAGCAGCGGAUGAAGAGGCACCGGAGAACCCCAUCUGGACGUUCUCGAAGAAGUGGAACAUCUCGAACACCUACUCGAAUUAUGACUCCAUCCUGACGUACGACGAUACCGGAGCAACUGACUUUUCAGAGCUCCUGGAAGAGUUUGACAAUGCCUGGGAUGUCGCUGCAGUGGAUGCAGGAGUAAUUCUCACCGAGAAUCUGCAGGACACCUCGGCACGUGCCGGACUCAGCCUCGCAGGGUGGAAGCCCAAGCAGGACAUGAAGAAAGCUGCGGCGGAGUGGUGGCAGUGGGACUGGGAUGCCUCGUACUCGCCGGAUCAGAGCGGUUUUGUGUUUGGGAUUACAGGCGAUAAUCUCACCUUCAAUCAGUACGGCGAAGAUAACAACUUUGUGGUGGAUGCGCGAGGCUUCAACGCGUGGCUCGUCGGAGAGGCAUCGACGUUCGUGGACCUGUCUAGCAAUGAUCCGCGCUUGCUCCUGAAUACCACGGUGUCCAGCAUUGAGUAUUCUGACUCGGAAGUUACCGUCCGACUGUCCGAUGGCGAGUGUAUAUCGGCCGAACAUGCAGUCUGCACUUUCUCCCUGGGCGUCUUGCAGAACGAUGUCAUCGAGUUUGAGCCCCAGUUGCCUCGGUGGAAGCGAGAGUCCAUCGAGCAGUUCCAGAUGGGCACAUAUACCAAGGUUUUCUAUCAGUUCAACACAACUUUUUGGCCGGGAGAUGUGCAGUUUUUCCUGUACGCGGACCCAGACAAGAGAGGUUACUAUCCAGUGUGGCAGUCCUUGUCGACCGAGGGCUUCUUACCUGAAAGCAACAUCAUUUUCGCGACUGUUGUAGAUGACGAAUCUCAUCGAAUUGAGAAGCAGAGUGACGAGCAGACCAAGGCGGAAGGCCUGGAGGUCCUGCGCCGGAUGUUCCCAAAUGUCGAUGUCCCUGAGCCCGUGGACUUCUUGUAUCCGCGGUGGACAACAGAGCCAUGGGUUCAUGGAAGUUACAGCAAUUGGCCAGUAGGGAUGACGCUGGAGAAACACCAGAACCUGCGGGCCAACGUCGGAGCGCUGUGGUUUGCUGGCGAGCACACCUCGGCGCAGUACUAUGGGUUCCUGCAGGGCUCGUGGUUUGAAGGGCGAGAGCGAGGUAUACGUAUCGCUGCGUCGCUGAAGGGAAAUGACACCUCCAUGGAGACCUAUGAGGUGUUGAAGGGCACGACUGAGAUUUCCGAGUACGAUGCCGCGAAUGGGUGGCCGGUGAGCAGUUUUCUAAACUACAAUUGA